AUGUACACCAGUUCCGCAUCAGUACAGGGGUCCAUAAACGGCCUUGGUAGCGACCUCAUUGAUGGUUCUGGCACCAUCAACCCCGCAGCUCUCAAUAAUCCAGGUAUGCCUCGACGAACUCUUCCACCUAAGCCCGGAAAGCGAAUCAUUAUGUAUCACUUUCGUUCUAUGCCCUUUGAUGCUUUUCCUCUAAAGUCGUUGACAGUCUUUUCAUCUUUUAUACUGGAAAUGAUACUGACGCGGUCGCAUCCAGCCACCCUUCACUCCUCGCCUUUAGCCGCCCCAGCCUCUAGCACGCCAACAAGUGAUGCCCAUAUCAACGCUACGGCCACAAGUAUUCCCGCUGCUGAUAAUGCUCACGCAAACAGUCCUAUUCUCACGCGAGGCAUCAAACGCGGCCGUUCAGCCGACCCAUACGACGAACAGCGCGGUGAGCAUGAAGCUGUUGAGGAUGAUGAGCAAGUACGUCGUAAGCGAGGGAGACCCCCCAAACAUUCGCGACCGUCUGGCUCGACCCCGACCUCAAGCCCAUUAGCCUCCCAAAAACAAACCAAAGGCCCACUCACCCAACAGCCACAAACUCCGCAGCUGUCGGCACAGAGGCUCCCAACCAUAACCGGCACACCUGUUUCGCAAUCAUCUCCUCCUCCCAGACCAACGCCAACGAAACCGGUCAUCAAAGCGUUGCCCACUGUGAGAGAUCAUACGACCGACCAGUUAAGUGCGGAUGGUGACGAGUAUAUACCCAAGGAAUUUGACGCGAGUGGUGAGAAGAAAGUGGAUACACUCGGAUAUCUUCAGGAUGGUCGUACCUACAAAUGCAGAACUUUCCGCGUGUAUAAUAGGGGGAACAAGCUGUUCAUGUUGGCUACGGAAUGUGCUCGAGUCUUGGGAUAUCGUGACUCUUACCUGCUCUUUAAUAAAAAUCGGUCGUUGUUCAAGAUAAUCGCUAGCCAGGAGGAAAAGGACGAUUUGAUCAGCCAAGAUAUCCUUCCAUAUUCAUAUCGAUCACGCCAGAUUGCAAUUGUUACCGCGAAGUCAAUGUUUCGCCAGUUUGGUAGUCGGGUUGUCGUCAACGGUCGACGAGUUCGCGACGAUUAUUGGGAAAGUAAAGCAAGAAAACAAGGCUUUACAGAGGAAGACUUGGCGGGAGAGAAGCGACCGGGAGGGGCUAAGGCAAGAGAAGCAGCUGAAGCUGCCAGUGCGGGAACUCUUCCGGCCCUUGGCCACGGGGAUGUGAUUUAUAGCAACGCUCCCCCUCCAGACGGCUUGGUUCAUGCGCCUGGAUUGCCACCCGGUCUGGCAACGACUUUAGCCCCCCUUCCGAUGAUAAAUCCUGUCCCAACGGAUGAUCCGCGGAUGAGGGAGUAUAGCAAUAUACCGCGAGCUAGACAGGAACUUACGGGACAGCCUUAUCAGGAUCGCAUUCAAACUACGGCCACAUCCGAGUUGUUAAACCAAGCAACCCACACAACCGAUUUUAGCAAAGCCUUGAAUCAACAACGAGGAUUCCGUGGGAGAGGGCUGGAGGAUAGCUGGUUCAAGUCGCGUGAUUUGCCGACAUCAGAUCAGGGUCUACCAUCCCUCUCCGGCCAGAUCGAGCCAAAUUUAGCCUCUUCCCAAACUCUCCAGUCUCCACAGUUGACUUCGUCCGGAAUGCUUACAUCGACCCCGAUAACACAGCAGCCACAGCGUGUGCUCACCCCUCAGUCUUCUUUCCCUCAAUCUUCAAUGACACCAUCGAUCCGCGGAGUAUCUCAAGGUAUAAGGCCCGAACAGUUGCAUCACCGCGCUCCCCUAUCGUCUGCGAGUACGAGUCAAGCCUCGCUGUAUACGUAUGCCCAGCCUCAGCAAUUGUGGGGUCAGCCGCCCGCUCAACCCAUGGGAGCACCCCAGUUUAACCCUCAGGUUCAUUCCCAGCAGUCGCCUUCUCCCCAUUUACCGUCACAUCAAUCGCCGCGGCAUUUAAGUCGUCCCGCUCAGUCUCCUCAAUUGCAUUCUCAGUCCCAGAGCCACGGUCAGCAAAAUCUUGUCGCAGUUAGUUACACUGGCACUACAGGAGCUGCGUACCCAUCAAUGCCUGCUGCAAGAGGAGCUUAUUCCCCGGCAAAUCCAAAUAUGGGCCAGUCUUAUCUCUCGGGUCAAAAUCCACAACCAAACAUAGGCCUAGGGAUGGUUACAAGUGCGACACUUCCUGGUUGGUCAUCAACUACUACUGGUGGUACUUUACACUCCGGCCAAUCUCAGGGAGGCCCUACACAGAGCGGGUGGCCGAAUACAUUCUAA